AUGCCGCUCCCUUUUCGGGACCAGUUCAAACACAACAAGACUUCCUCUGGCAGGAAGUCGUCCCAGCAACAGCGCUACACCCCUUUGCACGAAUCCAUCCCCGAAGAGGUCCACGAUGACCGCCGCUACUCCGAAACCUUUACCCUCUCUGACCUCUCCGAUCCCGAACUCGAUGAUACCCAGAUCAAGCCGCGCCGUGCGGACAACGCCAAAACGUCCAGCCAUGCCGAUGCCUACGACAACCGCCGAUCUACCGACGUCGAGACCUAUUUAGACAGGAUUACCGAGGCGGAACAGGAGCUGCUGGCCGCCGCGAGGCAUUACGAGCUCACCGACGAUAGUGACGACCAGGACUAUGUCGUGAAGAAAAAGGGGCAUCGACGACGAGCGUCGUCCUUCAAAAGACACACGCCGCGCACCGGAUGGCGGGCGUACUACUAUUCCCGGUGGUUCUGGCGGACGCUGGUCGUCAUCUUCGUCGCCCUGGGUAUGAUGGUGUGGGCAUUCUUGAAUGUGGCGUGGUCGGGAGGUGACACGGAACGAGACAUGACUCCGGCGGAGUCUUGGUUUCCCACUCCCAAGGGAGGCGCCCUCGAGGAUUGGGCCGAGGACUACCGGAAGGCAGAGAUGCUAGUCCGGGAGAUGACCCUCAUGGAGAAGAUCAACAUUACAACGGGCAUUGGCUGGCAGAUGGGGCUUUGUGUGGGGAAUACAGGCUCUGCGGAACUGGUCAAGUUUCCCUCGUUGUGUCUACAGGACGGCCCUCUCGGAUUGCGUUACGCGGACCUCAUUUCUGCCUUUCCCGCCGGAAUCACGACCGGAGCGACCUGGAAUCGAGACCUGAUACGGCAGCGUGGUGAGGCACUGGGACAGGAGGCACGGAUCAAGGGGGUCAAUGUACUGCUGGGACCGUCGAUGGGCUCCCUCGGGAUGAUGCCGGCGGGUGGUCGCAACUGGGAGUCGUUUGGCUCCGACCCCGUGCUGCAGGGCGUCGCCGCUGCGGAGACUAUCCGUGGCAUCCAGAGCAGCGGUGUCAUGGCUACUGCCAAGCAUUACAUUCUGAACGAGCAGGAACACUUCCGACAGCCGCUGGAGUGGGGCAUUUCCUCCGCCAUGUCAUCGAAUAUCGGCGACCGCGCUCUGCACGAGGUAUUCGUGUGGCCAUUUGCCGAGAGUAUCCGGGCCGACGUAGCCAGCGUCAUGUGCGCGUACCAGAUGGUGAACAACAGCCACGCGUGCGAAAACAGCAAGCUGCUAAACGGCAUUCUGAAGGAUGAGCUGGGUUUCCAAGGCUUUGUGCAAUCCGACUGGUUGGCUCAGCGGUCUGGCAUCAACAGCGCCAUUGGUGGCUUGGACAUGAGCAUGCCAGGCGACGGUCUCCACUGGGCGGACGGCCGGUCCUUGUGGGGGCCUGAGUUGACUCGAGCCGUGCUCAAUACGUCCGUUCCAAUGGACCGGUUGAACGACAUGGUGACUCGCAUCGUGGCGGCCUGGUACCAUCUCGGCCAGGACCUGUGGGCACGGCCACCUCCCGAGGGCGACGGGGGCCCCAAUUUUUCCUCGUGGACUAACGACGAGGUCGGAUGGUUCCACCAAGGGUCUCCCGAUGAUGAAGCCUUUGGUGUUGUAAACCGGUUUAUUGAUGCCCAAGGGCAAGGUGAGGGCGCGCACGCGAUCAUUGCCCGCAAGGUGGCGGCGGAGGGCAUCGUGCUGGUGAAGAAUGACAAGAACACGCUUCCGUUGUCGCGUCGGCCUACAAGCCCGUCCGGCGGUGCCUAUCGGGUGGGUGUCUAUGGCGACGACGCCGGCCCAGCCGCAGGACCCAACGCCUGUCCCGACCGGGGAUGUAACCAGGGUACCUUGGCUAUGGGCUGGGGAAGCGGGACGGCGGAGUUUCCGUAUCUUAUCAGUCCGCUGGCAGCAUUGGAGACCGCCUGGCAGAGUGAGGUUGACCUGCACGCGUAUCUGCGGAAUGCCGUCAUGCCAGCGGACGCAGCCGACAAGGAUCUGUGUCUGGUUUUCGCCAAUGCCGACUCUGGGGAGGGAUACAUCUCCGCGGGCGGCAUCAGCGGCGACCGCAACAAUCUGUUCCUGCAAAAGGGCGGCGAUUCUUUGAUCAAGACGGUCGCCAGCAACUGUGGCGGGCCGACCGUGGUGGUGGUGCACGCCGUUGGCCCGGUGGUGGUCGAGUCUUGGAUUGAUCUUCCCGGCGUGGAAGCGGUUUUGUUCGCCCAUCUACCUGGACAGGAGAGUGGCAAUGCGCUGGUGGACGUGAUGUUCGGAGAGGUCGAUGCCAGCGGUCGGCUGCCCUACACGGUGGGCAAGAGCCUGGCCGACUACGGGCCGGGCGCGCAGGUGCUGUACGAGCCCAAUGCCCCGGUGCCCCAGGUGGACUUUAGCGAUGGGCUGUACAUUGAUCACCGGCAUUUCGACCGCUACAACAUCACGCCGCGGUUUGAAUUUGGCUUUGGACUGUCGUACGCGACGUUCGAGCUGGGCGAGCUGCAGGUGAGCGCCCUGCAGUCGAAGUCGCGACUACCGGCGUCGCGGCCUCCUGCGACGGUCUCGCCGCCGGUAUACGAUCCGGAGCCGCCGCGGAACGAAUCCAUCUUCUACCCUGCCGGCUUCCAUGCGGUGUCCAAAUAUAUCUACCCGUAUCUGCCAUCGUUGCAGGGGACGACCCCUGCUAAUUACACUCAUUACCCCAAGGGCUACGACAAGCCGCGGCCGCUGUCGGAGGCAGGCGGUGGCAUGGGCGGCAACCCGUCGCUGUACGAGGAGAUGGCCAAGGUGGAGGUGCAGGUACGGAACACGGGACCGCGAGCGGGCCAGACGGUGGUGCAGGUGUAUGUGUCGUUCCCCGACGAGGUGACGGAGGAGGGCGACUGGGUGGAGGUGCACGAGCAAAGCUCCAAGGUGAAGCUGGAGCGACGGCCGGAGAGGAUCGACUUUCCGGUCCGAGUGCUGCGCAACUUCACCAAGGUGGCAUUAGAGCCGGGGGAGGGCCAGACGGUGGGGAUGAGCUUGAGUCGGAAAGACUUGAGCUAUUGGAGUGUGCGGCACCAGAAUUGGGUGAUGCCGGAGGGAGAUUUCGAGAUUUACGUUGGACAGAGUUCGCGAGAUUUGCCAUUGCGGGGGUAUUACUGA